AUGAAAGCGUAUUCUAUUUUCAGAUCUGGGUAUUUGUUAGUUCUACUUUGUCUUUUCUCUGUAGAAGGCAAAAAGUCACCUACAGGAAAGCGUACCUGCCGGAAAGGACUACUCUCCCAAGUGACAGAGAACCUAUAUACCAAGGCAACUAGUUUAAAAUCAUCUGUUCCUAAGGAUCUCAUCAAGAAUACAAGACUUCUAAAAAAGACGACAAAAAUGCUGUUUAUGACAAAUUGUAAUGUUCGAGAUCAGCUCCUCUCAUUCUACAUGAAAAAUGUUUUCAGUCAUCUUGGAAUGGAAAGUGAAAAGCUGUACGUUAUUAGUGCCUUCCGGGUCCUGCAAGAGAACAUGAAUGCCUGUCUUCCAUGCGCUCCGUCCACAAGGUUAACUUCUGCUGUCAAAAAUAUAAAGAAAACAUUUCUUAAGCUUGGGGAAAAGGGAGUAUACAAGGCCAUCAACGAGCUUGAUAUUCUCCUUCCCUGGAUUCAGGCCUACAUCCAAACCAUAGUAUGA